AUGCAUAUGUUUCCACUCGGUCGUGUUGUUUACAUGCCUUUGUCAACUUCGACUUCGACUGUACCUCCGGCGACUCUGCUAGGACACGUACCUCCGGAUUUUUCAUCUCCUCCAACAAUUCCUCUCUAUAAUACGACACUCUUGAGCAAUCCAUUCAAUUUAUGCCCAACUGCCAAGUUCGAGCAUAAUGCACUGCAACAAACAUUGCCAACGAUACCCCACGGAUAUAAACGACCACGUGAUGAUCUACAUGAUUCUUCACAACAGCAACCAGUCUGGGCGAGAAAACGAUCAAAGAUCUCGCCAACGCAAACAUCUACAUCUUCCACGAGCCAGUCAUCAACAACGAGCAAUAGUAACGAUAGUACAUCACCAUCAUCCAAGAAUGCCCUCAUGUUAUUACACGAACUUAAACCAUCGGUUGAGUAUAAACUUGUAGCACAAACAGGACCAUCGCAUCGACCGAUUUUUACCAUGGCUGUCGAGGUGAAUGGGCAAGUGUUUGAGGGCAUGGCUCAAACAAAGAAAGAAGCAAAACAAGCUGCUGCUGAAAAAGCUCUUCGAUCUUUUGCUGAUCUACCAUUUCAAUUAUCCGAUGAUGUACCCAUCGAGCCCGAAACGACGACGACAACAACAACAACUACUGCUACUAUUAUCACAGAUACUGAUAUCGAUAUGACAAAUCUAAACGCUUCAUCGACAACUUUAAAUACUGAUGAUAUUCCUCGAACAACAUCAAGUCCUAUGGUAGUUGAACCACGUGAGAUUCAAAGUGGUUUAAGUCCUCUUUACCUGCUCAAUCAGCUAAAACGCGAUGCACUAUUUGAAGAAAUCACUGAUGACACACUUUCAUCAUCAGCAGCAGCGAACGAACAACGUGAAUUCAAGUUUGCUAUUACUGUUGAUGGUCAACGCUUUGUCGGUUCCGGACGUAGCAAGAAGAUAGCUAAAACAAAAGCUGCACAAUUAAUAUUAGAGAAAUUAUUUGGCAUGUGUUUUGAUAAGGAAGUACUAUCUGAUCUUUACAGACGUAGAAGUGGCACGCCAAUCGAAAGUGACUCACUUCCGACUGAUCUUCCAUAUUCACGUCGUGAUCUCGCUGAUCGCAUUGCAUCAUCGAUACAGGAGAAAUUCAAUCAAUUAACAUAUAAUGACGUACGUCUUCAACGACGGAAAGUCUUAGCUGGUGUUGUUGUAACACGUGAUUUUAACCUUGAUACUAUCGAAGUUGUUUGUGUAACAACAGGAACGAAAUGUAUUAGUGGAGAUCGACUUGCACUCAAUGGUCAAUCAUUAAAUGAUUGCCAUGCUGAGAUUGUUUCCCGUCGAUGUUUGAUUCGAUACUGCUAUCAACAAUUGAAAUUAUUAAUUGAAGAAAACAAUUCGGAAUCGAUCUUCGAAAGAAUUCCUAACACAGAUCGAUUUCAAUUGAAGUCAUCGAUUGCUUUUCAUUUAUACAUAUCCACAUCACCUUGUGGUGAUGGUCGUCUCUUUGCUCCACAAGAACCAAACUCCGAACAACCACCAUCGAAAACAUCGAACUCGGAUCCAAAUAAUAAACAAAAUGGCCAUUCGUUGAGAAAAUCUCGCGGCUUAUUAAGAACUAAGAUUGAAGCGGGCGAAGGAACCAUUCCUGUAAUGGCAAAGACUUUAUACCAAAGCAUGCAAACGUGGGAUGGAAUCUUAGGCGGUGAACGUCUCCUCACAAUGUCCUGCUCAGAUAAACUAUGUCGAUGGAAUUUUAUUGGUUUACAAGGUGCUCUGCUAAGUACAUUAAUUGAACCAAUCUAUUAUACAAGCAUUAUUAUUGGAAGUCUCUAUCACAGUGAACACAUUCGACGAGCAUUGUUUGCUCGUAUUGAACAUGUUAGUAAUAAUAUUCCGUCGCCGUAUGGUUUACGCCGACCUUUCAUAUCUGGUGUUAGUAGUCCAGAAAUGCGAACAACUUCUCGAGCACCUAAUCAUGCAUUUAUCUGGAAUUGUGUCGAUCAAAAAUGUGAAAUUGUCGAUACUUUUAGCGGAUUAACAACUACUCGAGAAUCAUCGGUAGUAUCGAAAGCAUCUAUAUUUCAACAAUGGUUGACACUGAUGAAAAAAGUUCAUCCUGACUCGUCACCAACAACGAUCUAUUGUGAUGCGAAACAAUCAGCACUUGAUUAUCAAACUGCUAAAGUCGAAAUUAGCAAAGCUUUUCAAAAAGGUGGUUUUGGUUUAUGGAUUACGAAACCACAUGAACAAGAUGAGUUUGAUUUAUCUUCAUCCGAUGAAACAUUGCCCGAGCAAAUCAAUCCGAGCAUUCCAUCUGCAGACGAAAAUUAA